GGUGCCGGGCUAGCAUCCUGUCUGGGGGAGGGGACGCACGGAGGGCGCUCCCGCGGGGCGGACAGGAGAGCUCCCUGCGCCCGCCGCCAGCAGCCCCGCCGGAGCCACCGCAACCUGCUCUGCGAGCCCUGGGGAUCGGCCGGCGCCAUGGACCGAGGCCGGGUGCUGGAGCAGCUGCUCCCCGAGCUCACGGGGCUGCUCAGCCUCCUGGACCACGAGUACCUCAGCGACAAAACCCUGGAGAAGAAGAUGGCCGUGGCCUCCAUCCUGCAGAGCCUGCAGCCUCUCCCAGCAAAGGAAGUCUCCUACCUGUAUGUGAACACAGCCGACCUCCACUCCGGACCCAGCUUCGUGGAGUCCCUCUUUGAAGAAUUUGACUGUGACCUGAGUGACCUUCGGGACAUGCCGGAGGACGAUGGUGAACCCAGCAAAGGAAAUAGCCCUGAGCCAGCCAAGAGCCCGUCUCUGAAACAUGCGGCGGACCUGCCUCCACCGCUCCCCAACAGGCCUCCACCCGAGGACUACUAUGAGGAGGCCCUUCCCCUGGGGCCAGGCAAGUCCCCUGAGUACAUCAGCUCUCACAAUGGCUGCAGCCCAGCCCAGUCCACCGUGGACGCCUACUACGAGGACGCGGACAGCAGCUACCCCUCGACCAAGAUGAACGGAGAGCUGAAGAACUCCUACAAUGACUCUGACGCAAUGAGCAGCUCCUACGAGUCCUAUGACGAGGAGGAGGAAGAAGGAAAGGGGCUGCAGCCCACGCACCAGUGGCCCUCCGAGGAGGCCUCUAUGCACCUGGUGAGGGACUGCAGGAUAUGUGCCUUCCUGCUGCGGAAAAAGCGCUUUGGGCAGUGGGCCAAGCAGCUGACCGUCAUCAGGGAGGACCAGCUCCUGUGUUAUAAAAGCUCCAAGGACCGGCAGCCACAUCUGAGGCUGACACUGGACACCUGCAAUGUCAUCUAUGUGCCCAAGGACAGCCGGCACAAGAGGCAUGAACUGCGCUUUUCCCAGGGGACUACUGAGGUCUUGGUGCUUGCACUGCAGAGCCGGGAGCAGGCCGAGGAGUGGCUGAAGGUCAUCCGAGAGGUGAGCAAGCCCAUCGCCGGGGCCGACGGGGCAGACGUGCCCAGAUCCCCAGUCCUCCCGUGCAGACUGGACCUGGACAAGAGGUUGUCCCAAGAGAAGCAGACCUCAGACUCCGACAGCCUGGGCAUGGGCGACAACUGUUCCACCCUUGGCCGCCGAGAGGCAUGUGAACACGCAACAGGCAAAGGGAAGAAGAGCAGCCUGGCAGAGCUGAAGGGUUCCAUGAGCAGGGCCGCAGGCCGCAAGAUCACCCGCAUCAUCAGCUUCUCCAAGAGGAAGGCGCUGGCCGAUGACCUGCAGGCGUCCUCCACGGAAGAGGAGGUUCCCUGCUGUGGGCAUCUGAAUGUGCUGGUGAACCACGGCUGGAAGGAGCGCUGGUGCCGCCUGAAACACAACACUCUGUAUUUCCACAAGGACCGCACAGACCUUCGGACCCACGUGAAUGCCAUUGCCCUCCGAGGCUGUGAGGUGGUCCCGGGCUUUGGGCCCAGACACCCAUUUGCCUUCAGGAUCCUGCGAAACCGGCAGGAGGUGGCCAUCUUGGAGGCAAGCUGCUCAGAGGACAUGGGCCGCUGGCUCGGGCUGCUGCUGGUGGAGACGGGCUCCAAAGUCACCCCCGAGGCGCUGCACUAUGACUACGUGGACGUGGAGACCUUGACCAGCAUUGUCAGUGCAGGGCGCAACUCCUUCCUAUAUGCAAGAUCGUGCCAGGACCAAUGGCCAGAGCCCCGUGUCUAUGAUGAUGUCCCUUAUGAAAAGAUGCAGGACGAUGAGCUGGAACGGCCCACUGGGGCCCAGGUGAAGCGCCACGCCUCCUCCUGCAGUGAGAAGUCCCAUCGCGUGGAUCCGCAGGUCAAAGUCAAACGCCAUGCCUCCAGCGCCAAUCAAUACAAGUAUGGUAAGAACCGAGCUGAGGAGGAUGCCCGGAGGUACUUGGUAGAAAAGGAGAAGCUGGAGAAAGAGAAGGAGACGAUCCGGACAGAGCUGAUGGCACUGCGGCAGGAAAAGAGGGAGCUGAAGGAUGCCCUUCGGAACAGCCCAGGAGCAAAGACAAAGGUUCUGGAGGAGGCCGUGGCCACCCUGGAAGCUCAGUGCCGGGCGAAGGAGGAGCACCGGAUCGACCUGGAGCUGAGGCUGGUGGCUGUGAAGGAGCGCUUACAGCAGUCUCUGGCAGGCGGCCCGGCCCUGGGACUCUCCGUGAGCAGCAAGAACAAGAGUGGGGAAACUACAAAUAAACCCCAGAAUAAUGCUCCAGAGCAACCUCUCCCUGUCAACUGCGUUUCUGAGCUGAGGAAAAGGAGCCCAUCAAUUGUAACUUCCAACCAAGGACGGGUGCUGCAAAAAGCCAAGGAAUGGGAAAUGAAGAAGACCUAGAAAGAGGAUGAGAGUUUUAUCCAAAGGAGAUAUCAGCUUGCCCAUCUAAGGCGGAAAUGCUUUCCUCACAAGGCGAUAUCAGAAGACGAAAGUAGCCCCCACUCUGCGGGGCACCCAAAAGACCAGCCUUUAUUGUCUGCAUGAUUAUAGGGGGUAUAGGGAGGGAAGAAGUAGAAGGGAAGAGGGGAAUGAAGGGCAUCGCUAUGUAACUUUACAGAGGGUGGAAAAUGGGGGUGGAGGGAGACAGAAUCUGCACAGUUGUAAGGGUUUUGUUAAAUGUCUUUGCCUUCCCUUCUGAAAUGAAAGCACAUGUGAAUAAGCCAUUCCAUCCCAUGCUCGGCAUCCCGUUCCCAGUCCUUAGGGCAAAGGAAGGCAGUGCUGAAGCAUCAGUGGUGCAAUACAGAGAGAAGACUUGACCAUCCAAUCACACUUGCACCAGUUGGAUUUGUGUUGGCAUUACUAACAGCCUUUGGGCAAGAUAAAUAGGCUGAAAAAUUAAUAGAACUAUCCCUGUCUGCAUAAAGGUGAACAAAAGCUAUAGAAAACAUACAAAUUCUACAGUCAUUCCACAUCUGCUUUAGGCAGAUGCAGCUACCAGAACUCCAGGUUUGAGUUUUUUUCAUAUCAGAGAUCUGAGUAAGCAGGUGAGGCUAGGUUCAGUAACUGACAUAUUUUAAGCUCAGAGUGAUACUCAGUGACAGGAGCAUGGAUUUCUAACGUCCACAAGAUGUUGCAAACUUUGUAGAGUAGGAUCAUUUGCUGUCACUUAAAUCCUUUAUCUAUUUUAUAUGACACUCAGGCUCUCGGAGUUAUGAUUAGAAAUGUGAUACUUUACAUGUUUAUCCUUAUCUUGCACUCAGAGGCUCACCUGUCUGCUCUUCCUUAUCUGCUCUCAGGAAAAACUGUCAGGGAGAACCCAGAGGACAGUGGCUCAUUUCUGCCACAUGAGUGCCUUUUAAAACACUUGAUACUUUUAGAGAGGAGCAAGGACCUCAAGUCCUGGGCAGUCUCCUUAUGGUGCCUCUCACCACUUAUUCAACACUGUAGGCACCUUUUAAGUCUUUAACACAUUUCCUUCCAACAAAGAUAAAAUUAUUUAGCUGUUUGCACUCAGAGGUUAGCUCAAUGAGAGAGAAGGGAAAUACCAUAAUAACUUCUGGACACUUUCCUAAAGGCUUCACAUACUUCACCCUGCCUAAGGCUUUACACACUUGAGCCUCGUCCAAACUUUUCCAUCCUCUGAGGUUGCUGGAGACCAGAGCAAGAAAAAUAACCUGACCCAAAGUGCCCAGCUGGUCAGUGGCAGAGCAUAAGGCUUAGGGCUUAUAGAGCCCAGAUCUGGACAGGGCUGGGUUUGAGCCCUGCCUCUGCCACUUAAUGGCUGUAUCUUUGGGAAUGUUACUUGACCUCACUCAUUCUUGUCUUCCUUACCUAUCAAACCAGGUUAACAACAGUACUCUCCUCCCAAGACUGUUGGGGGAAUUCAAUGAGAUAAUAAUACGUGGGAAGCAUCUUGCACAGUGUCUGAGAAAUAUUAAAUGCCCAGUCAUUAGUGGUUCUCACUAUUAACUGGGUAAGAAAUGUCUGGCUCAAAAUCCUGUGUCCUUUCCACUGAAGAAAAAAUGGCUUUUGCAUGGUAAUUACAACCAGCAAAAACUAUAAGGCAACCAAUCUGAAACUGAGUUUUCAUCCAGAUUCCACCUGAGUAUCUUCAAUGACAAGGGCACUCACAUAAUCUGUAUUGUCAAUAUGCUUUUUAAAAAUGUGGAUCUGGAAUGUCACCUGACAACCCAAUUGUGCCCUCAUUAUUUCCCAUGCAGUUAUUUUGAAGCUAAGUAUCUUUUUCCACCAAUAGAUCUUAGACUCUUUGAGAAGUAGGACCCUAGGAAACUAAUAAUUAACAUUUAUUGAACACUCACCAUGCACCAGGCACUAUGUCAGCCAGAGCCUGCUUCACAAGCAUGCAGCCUGUGCAGUCAUGCUUAGCAGGGCUCUGUGCUUGGCUGAUUGCUCUGCUGCUGUACUCUUAAUACGUUUAGAAGGGCUAAAGGAAUACUCCCCAUAUUCCUUUUGCCCUUUAACUUAUGUAAGCAGUCCUGGUGCUAGUGACUUUCUAGGCAUUAUCCCUUUAGUCUUCACUAAAACCCUGUGAGAUAGGUACUAUUAUCCCAGUUCCACAGUACAGGAAAUGGAAACCCAAAGAGGUUAGGUAACUGGGAGCCAGUAUGUGAUGCAAGGUCUGACCCUAGAGGUCUUCCUCUCAUUUCAUCCACUUCCCCCCUCCCCUUGCACUGCAGCAUUCAGAAACACACUGGCACUUAAUAAAUG